ACAAAGUCGCUACUAAUGGCUGUGAUUAAUGUAUACAUCAAUAAAAUGAGCUUUGACACAACUUGGGAUGUCGAUAAAUAUAAAUCUGAAUUUGAAUAUGAAGACCAUUGGCAGUUUAGACGUCAAUUUUUAAUUGCUCAUCAAGAUAAAUUUCCUGAAGAUAGACUAGUAUGCUUAGCUCAAGUUUUUUUCAACGUUGAAUUUUUAGGUUGCAAAUAUCCUAAAAAGACCAUGGAUCUCAUUGAAAAAUUAUCUGAAGGUCUAGCUGAUGAGUUAAGAGAAAAUCGCAAAGGUAAAUUACAAAGAACCUUUGUUGGAGCUUCAGAUGCUGCAGAAGAAAGAGCUAAAAAUAAACGCUGAAAUGAUCAAGCAGUUGUAUUGACUAUAAAUAAUAAACAAUGGAAUGUAUAAAUUAAGAUAUUAAGUGGAAUUAUAAGAAUUAUAAAAACCAAGGGUAGUAUAGUUCAUAACUAAAUAGGUUUAUUUAUUUUGUAAAUUAUUUGUUUAAUAAAUAAGAUACACACAAAUUA